GAAGGAAGCCUUCAACACUGUGGUUGCUUCCAUCAUAAGGAGCCGGCCUACUAAGCGGGAAGACCUGAGGAAACCUCAGAGCCGAAGUGAACAACAUGAACGAGAAACAUCUCGCUGUGUCCUAUAAGGGAGACUAUUAUGUAACGGUAUGGGCUAUGACAGACAGGAAGAGCAGACACACAUGCAGAGAUGUGAAAACCAAUAAUAUUUUAAUAACAAGACCAGACAGAAAGAACAAGACAAGGGUACACAAAACUAAAUACACAACCUCUGCUAAGCUAACUGAUAAAUGCUAAACAAACAAAGAAGAAUGCUAAACUAACAAAAGUUAAAUUAGAUACACAUGAAACCUAAAUACUUAGCUAAACAUGAACUAAACAAGACUAAAUAAGAUUAAACAGGACUACAGGCAAAGGCUGACUAACACAGGUUAAACAGACUAAACACAGGCUAAACAAGGAUAACUGACUAAACAAACUAAGCAGGCUAACAAGUACCAAACAGAGACUAAACAGGCUAAUUAUGCUAACAGACUAAACAAACAGAAGGCUAAGGAACAGACAAGAGUGCAACAGAACUAAACAGACUAAACAUGACAAAGGCAAAGACAAGAACAAACCAGAAUACAUCAGGCUCUAUAUGAAACAGACAGAGAUACAGUCAAACAGAGUAACCAUGAAAAUAAUCUCCAACUGUCUGUGCUCCAGUGCACCUCUUAAAUGGAGGGCAGCUGGAGCCAAUUAGUUCAAAAGAACCAAUCAUGAGAGAGGGUGUGGCAGGAGACUGAGUGUGCACACAGAGAGGGGGGCGUGGCACACAGGAGCUCCAGAGGACAGAGGGGCUGUAAACGUGACAGGUCUUUUGUGUGAUGUCAUCUAAUAGCAGCAGCCUGAGGACAAAAACCUGUCACUUAUGUCAUGGUUGAUCGUGCACUACAGAAACAAGACCCCAAAUCCUUGAGUUACUUAUAUAGAAGAAUAAUAAAAGGAUGUCUUAUUAUUGUCACAUACAGUUGCGAGAAAAAAUGACACAGGACCCCUCAACCUUGAGAGAAGAGGGGAACAGCUUGUUUAAAAAUGGAGAUGUGCAGGGAGCGCUAAGCUGCUACACUAAAGCUUUGAAGCUCAGCGACUGUGCAUCACAGAGUGCUGUGCUGUACCGCAACCGAGCUGCAUGUUACCUCAAACUGAACGACUAUGCCAAAGCCAAUGUGGAUGCCACCAAAGCUCUGGACACCGACCCAGGGGACAUCAAGGCCAGGUUUCGUCGUGCACAGGCUUUGCAUAAUCUGGGUCAGCUGGAUCAGGCUUUUCUUGAUGCUCAAAAAUGUGCACAGCUGGAGCCCAAGAAUAAAGCAUUUCAAGAUUUACUUAGACAGCUUAGUCUUCAAAUCCAACAGAAGGCUGUGCAGCUGUCCUCCACAGACUCAAAAGUUCAGCAGAUGUUCAAACUUCUGAUGGAUGACUCUGCAAAGACCUCAGACAGACAGAAGGCUGCCCAGAACCUGGUUGUGCUCUCUCGUGAAGAUGCAGGAGCAGAGCAGAUCUUUAGGAACGAUGGUGUUAAACUGCUCCAGAAGCUGCUGGAGUCUCAGCAGGAGGACCUUGUCCUCUCUGCGCUCAGGACUCUGGUUGGUCUGUGCACAGGGCAUCAGUCCAGGACCAUGGCUAUAGUGAAUGAACUGGGCAUGGAGAAACUCUGUGGGGUCAUGGGCUCCGGGGCCUCUUCUGUGUCCCUGGCUGCCUGUCAUCUGCUGCAAGUGAUGUUCGAGGCUCUCACGGAGGGCAUGAAGAAGGAGGUCAGAGGAAAGGACGAGGCUAUAGUGCAAGAGCCUUCUCGCGAGCUGCGUUCUAUGCUGCGCCAUCUUAUUGACAUGCUUCCUGCAUCAAAUGUGUCUGGACCUGGACGUGACAGUGCAAUCAACCUGCUGGUUAAACAGGUGCCUCGUAAAUCUCAGAAAAACCCAGACAACUCUCUCAGCCUGUGGGUCAUCGACCAGGGCCUGAAGAAAAUUCUGGAAGUGGCAGGUACAGUUUCUGAGGUCACUGAUGGACCACCUCUAACCGACAGCACACCUAUGAGCUGCUCUGUUCUUCUCAAUAAGUUAUAUGAUGAUCUGAAGUGUGACAAAGAGAGAGAGAAUUUCAACAAGUUGUGUGAGGAAUAUGUGCAGUAUCAUUUUGGAGGCUCAGACUUGAAGAGAAAACUACGAGCGAUACAGACUGUGUCAGUGCUGCUGCAGGGCCCCUGUGAUGUGGGCAACCGUACCCUUGAGUUGUCAGGUGUAAUGGAUGCUGUAAUAUCUCUGUGCGCUUCUGAGGAUGUAACCCACCAGCAGGUGGCUGUGGAGGCACUCAUUCAUGCAGCAGGAAAAGCUAAAAGAGCAUCCUUUAUUACUGCAAAUGGGGUGGCACUGUUAAAGGAUCUGUAUAAGCAGAGUGAAAAUGAACAGAUCCGAGUGCGAGCUCUCGUGGGCCUGUGUAAACUGGGCUCAGCUGGAGGAACAGAUUUUAGCAUGAAGCAGUUUGCAGAGGGAUCAACACUCAAACUCGCCAAACAAUGCAGGAAGUGGCUGUGUAAUGAGUCUCUCCCUUCCACGUCUCGGCGGUGGGCUGUAGAAGGUUUGGCUUACCUCACCUUUGAUGCUGAUGUGAAGGAGGACUUGGUGGAGGAUAAGAAUGCUCUCCAGGCCAUGUUUCAGCUCGCAAAGUCUGAGGAUAAAACUGUAUUGUUUGCCAUUGGAUCGACGUUGGUAAACUGCACCAACAGUUAUGACACUGAGAAGCCAGACCCUCAGUUGGUGGAGUUGGCCAAGUAUGCCAAACAGCAUGUACCAGAGGAACAUCCAAAGGAUGCUAAACCUUUUGUGGAGAAGCGUCUAGUUAAGCUGUUGGAGGCUGGGGUGGUCUCAGCUCUGGUGUGUAUGGUAAAACAGGAAAGUCCUGCUCUUACGGACACAUGCAGAGAGUGCAUCGCCAGGGUUUUCCUGGCUCUGGUGGAACGACAGGAAGAUCGAGGAAUGGUAGUAGCACAGGGUGGAGGAAAAGCAUUGUUGCCCCUGGCAUCAGAAAAUACAAGUUUGGGUAAAAUUAAAGCAGCACAAGCACUGGCCAAGAUUGCCAUCACCUCAAAUCCUGAAAUUGCUUUUCCUGGUGAGAGGGUUUACGAGGUGGUGCGUCCACUAGUCAGUCUCUUAGCUCUGGACUGCUCUCUUCUGCAGAACUUUGAGGCUCUGAUGGCUCUCACCAACCUAGCCGGGAUUAGUGAAAGACUCAGGCAGAAGAUUAUUAAAGAGAAAGCUGUAGCUAAAGUGGAAGGCUACAUGUUUGAGGAGCAUGACCUGGUGCGAGCAGCAGCCACUGAGUGCAUGUGUAACUUGGUCUUAAGCCCUGAGGUGCAGAAGCUUUACCAGGUCACAGACAGUGACCGGUUGAAACUCUUGGUGCUGUACUGUGGUGAGGAAGAUGAGAGACUGAGAAAGGCUGCAGCUGGAACUCUGGCAGUGCUACUUGGGGAAAUGCCUGAGCUGUGUGCACGGAUCCCCAACACAACCAGUCAUUGGCUUGAGAUCCUGCAGGCACUGCUGCUGAGUGAAAGUCAGGAACUGUGCCACCGAGGUGUGGUCAUCACACUGAACCUGAUGCAGGCAGAGAAGAGUAUGGCUGAGAAACUACUGGAAAGUGAGGUGCUGGAGAUCCUGUCAGUCCUGGCUAAAGCAGCUGAUGCUAACCGUGCUCCCAUCACCAGAGCAGCCCAGCGUUGCUUAGACAUGGCUCUGGAGUACGGCCUCAUUAAAAGCAACGAGGGGCAGACCAGUGGAAAAUCUAUACCAUGAUUGGACAGUCGUCCAGACAGACCAAGCUCACUACAUAUUCCAACAUAAGUUUGCAGUUCUGUAAUUAUUGUGUGAUUAUAUUUCACAUUCAAGUCUUUGGGACUGUGACACUAGAUUGAGCCUCGAGUAAAACAGUAUCAGGAAUUGAUUAAGAACAGACAUAAGCAAAGAGGAGAAGAACAUUCCUGAUUGGUUGUGACCUAAUUUCACACCAAAAUGUAAUUCUUAAUUUUACACAGGACAUGGAUUUGGGUUGCAGCUUCCUACACAAGCUACACAAGAGACCAAAUAUGUAAUUUAGUCCUAUUAACCCUUAUUUCUUUUAACCAAUAACAUCAUCAAAUAUAACACACAGAGUUUCAUAUCAACAAGUUUUUAUACUUUAUUGAUUAUAAAAAGAAUGUGACAGCAAACAGUAAGUUGAACAUCUAGUUCACAUCAAGGUCAGCAUCAUGAAUGUAGGUUUUAAUUCGGUAGUGGACUCUCAUUUGAAAGGGCUAACUAAACAUGCUAAUAAAAACACACGUAGUUGGUAUCUUAAAAGCUUUUCUUGACGAUGUUAGUGUAUUAUAUACACUAAUCAUAAGCAGAGUUGUACCUUUAUUCUAAGGCAUGAUGCGAAAUAUUCCCAUAAUUACACGCAGAUCUACAUGUGAGUUUAACAUGCAGUCAGACUCCUUUCCAGCACAAAAUAUCUUCAUUGUUUGUGAUUUUAUUGUGUCAAAUCAUACAAAUGCAGUAAGUUUCCCAUUGGGGGUAGAACUGCAGUGCUUGUGCAAUGUGGGUGAGUGAGAAAUAAACACUGCUCCCGCAUCUGUAGCUCUGCCCUAAGUUUAAAUCAACCAUCAGAUGUUGGAAAGGGAUUUGCAUGACAUUUCUAACCAACAGCAUUGUUCAAACCAUGAAUUCUUUGUUGAGUAUUGGUUAUUUGGUUAAUCUUUGACAUUCCUACCACCAUUCCAUUCCUUACACUCAGAAUUGUUUACGUCGACACUUAGUCUUACUGUAUUUGUGCAUUCCACUGAACCAGUCACAGAUCUUCUAGUGGUUGUCUGCACGUGGCACAUUUAUUACAUAAAAAAAAGAAUGUACAUGUAAUCAAAUAUUCACAGGAGUUGCUCACUGUACUUAGCCAUUGUACAUGUUAUCUGUAGUUUCUUAAGAUUGAAAUUAUAUUUGAUAUGUCUUUGAGAUUGAUAGAUCACUAAAUAACCACAAAUAAAAAAAAAACAUUGAGUGUAAA